UCUAGAUGAUCUAAGCCAUGUCUUGAUUCACAGGUCUAGCUUGAUCUUCUUUCUGAACUACGUCAAUCCUCCUCAUACUAUUAAAGUGACAUUUGAUAGUUAUGGAUAUUGCAAUGGAGACUAGUAGUGAAAGUAGCUCAACUAGUAAAUAUUCAGGAGAUAAAGAAGGCAAUAUACCUGAUUCUACAUCUUUAAAUGGGCAAGGACUACUAGUUCCUGAGGUGAGCCUUGAAGAGGCAACAAACAUCCAAGAAAGCCUUGAACAAAUUGCAAAAAGGAAAGAGAGGAUGAAUGAUGUCAAUGAUGCAGUUGUUUCAGAAGAAGCUCAAGAGUUAGAAUUGGAUGUUCCUUCAAUUGGCAAGGUGUUUGACUCUGCUGAACAAGCAUAUGAUUUUUAUAAUUGGUAUGCUGGAAAAAUUGGUUUUAGGGUUCGAAAAGGCCGUUCAGAAAAAACACGAAAGGGCAUUGUACGGCAAAGAACAUUUGAAUGCUCAAAAGAAGGUCACCGAAAAGUGGAUCAUCGGACCCGUAAUGUGAGGAAGAGUCGUCCAAAUACAAGAACUGGUUGUAAAGCUCGAAUGGUGGUAAAACUCACAAAGGAUGGGAUAUGGAUGGUUACUGAAAUUGUGCGUGAGCAUAAUCAUCCCCUUGUUGCAGAAUCAAAUCCAUUUUUGCCUACGCCGCAGAGGGUUGUGAAACCUGUACAGGCUGUUAAAGUUGCAAGAAUCGAUAAUUCAUGGAUCUCACCUACAGAAAGAUGUAACACUUUAUGUGAGGAAGUUGGAGGGCAUGAAAAUCAUUUGCGUAUCAAGCGUAUGAAGGACCUUAAAGAUGGAGAUAUUCAAGUUUUAUUGGAGUAUUUGGAAAAUAAGAAAUUAGAAGAUCCAAUGUUCUUUCACAGUGUGCAAGUUGACCACGAAGAUAAAAUGACAAAUUUUUUUUGGGUGGAUGCAAGGUCGGUCCAAAACUACUUUUGCUUUGGUGACGUUGUUUACUUUAAUGCAACAAAUAAUUUACAUAAGUAUGGUCGGCCAUUUGCACCGUUUGUUGGCGUAAAUCACCACAGGCAAACUGUCUUUUUUGGUGCUGCAUUGCUUUUGGAUGAAACAACCGAAUCUUUUAUUUGGUUGUUUCACACAUUUUUAAAAGCUGUGUCUGGGCGAGCACCAAAGACAAUUGUUACAGGUCAGCAUGCUGCUAUUGCUAAAGCUAUUGCCAUUGUAAUGCCAAAGACAUGUCAUCGCUUUUGUUUGUGGCAUAUUUAUCUUGAUGCUGCAAGAAACCUCUCUGUUGCUUAUACAGAUUGUUUCAGUAAAAGGUUCAAGAAUAUCGUAUAUGGUCCUGAAACUGAAGAGGAAUUUUUUCCGGCUUGGGAUGGGUUGUUAAAGGAGUUCAAUCUUGAGGGAGACCAAUGGUUAAAAUACUUAUUUGAAAUUCGAGAGAAAUGGGCUCUAGUGUAUGGAAGAGAAUCCUUUUGUGCAGACAUGACAACAACUCAACAAAGUGAGAGUACUGAUAGUUUCUUAAAGAGGUACUUGAAAAGAAAAUACAAUCUUUGGCGAUUUCUUAAGCGAUAUGAGAAAGCAAUGGAACGGCAACGCUUAGAUGAGUUAACUGAAGAUUUUAACUCCAAUCAAACUGUCCCUAGAUUAUGGGCUGAUGUGGCGAUGUUGAAGGAAGCAGCCAAAGAAUACACAAAGAGCAUGUAUUCCAUGUUCGAAGAAGAAUAUAAAAGGUGGAUUGCCUGUGAUUGUGACAUUUUUGAGGAGGUAGGACCUGCUUGCGUGUAUAAAGUAACUGAAGAAAGCAAAAGUGGUGAAAGAUUGGUCUUAUUCGACUCCUCUAACAACACAGUUGUAUGCAGUUGUAAAAAAUUUGAGUUCAUGGGCAUUCAAUGCAGACAUGUGGUAAAAGUACUUAAUGAGAGAAAGAUCCGUACACUUCCACCCCAAUAUAUAUUGAAGAGAUGGUCAAAAUCUGCUAAGUUUGGGAUUGUAAACAACAGUGAUGGAGUUGUUGUUAAAGAUUAUUGUAAGGCAAUCCCAGGUUCUCGGUAUAGUGAUUUGUGCCGCCAAAGUGUUUGCCUUGCAAUAAAGGCUGCCAAUAGUGAGAAGGCUACCUUAAUGGUGAUGGAAACUUUGAGAGAGUUACAUGAAAAAGUAGAAGAAAUUUUGAGAGAAGAAGCAAGACCAAAACCUAAAACAAGUGCCUUAUUCCAUGGCGAUACAAUAUCUCCAAGAGUAAGUGGAAUUCAAGAAAAGGAUGAUGGUGGGCCAAGUGGCAGAAUAGUAAGCUUUUGUGGAGAAUGAAAGGUGAAAGAUGUCCUAGAGUUCGCAUAACACUUGAGCUAAAAGAGGAUAAAAUAGUCAAAAUUUGGAAGGGAGCAAACAUGCAUCUGUUCAUAAACAAGCAACAAGUCAAUCCAAUUUGAUGUCAUGCCAAUUGCCUUCUAGUGGGCUUAUACAAUUUGGCAUUCCCUCACACCUCUUGGUUCCCAUUAUGGCACUCAUUUUGAAUUUAAA